GUGCCGUAACGUUGGAUUUGAUUUAAUCCUCAACGAUCGGCAUUUCCCAGUUAGGUUUUGGUACAAAAAUCCUCAUUUUCUCUUCGUGAUUUGCUGGUGUUUUUGAAAUAUGGCAGGGAGAGAAGUUCGUGAGUACACCAAUCUGAGCGACCCCAAAGAUAAAAAGUGGGGGAAAGGAAAGGACAAACUGGACGAUGAAGAUAUUGCUUUCCAGCGUAUGGUUGCCAAGAUGCAAGAGGUUGCUGGAGAACGUGGAGGCUACCUACAUGGGCGGGGCGGUAGCUUUCCUUUAUUACAUCUCAAGGAGCAGAAGGAGGAGGAUGCUGAACGCCUCCUGCGCCGCACUGAGAAACGGGCAUUUGCAGCAUUUAAGAAAGCUGCAAGUUUGGCAGAUUCCGCACCUGCAUCCUUUCCUUUGCCACUUCGAGUUGAGCCGAAGCCAAAGAGUGGAAUCAGACAGCAAGAUUUGCUGAAAAAAGUCGUGGAAGUAAAACUGAAACGAGCCAAACUUUCAAGCCCCUCCAACUCCGAGCCUGAGGCUAAUCAAUCCAAUUUACGAUCCCAGGAGCAGGAGUUCAACCAGGAGAAGAAUGAGCAGCAUCAUGUUUCGGAAUCAAAUACAGCAGGAAAGCAGGAUAAGGUGGAAAAUCCUGCCAAAUCCUUAUUAGGCUUAGUUUAUGCUAGUUCUGAUGAUGAUGAAGAUGAUUGAUGAAGACCAAUGCUUUGCAUGCAUUUCAGUUGUAAUCUUCAUGAACAUGAUGGGCUAUCGUUUUUGUUUGAUCUUUUUGUAAUGUUUAAUAUCAUAUUUGACCUUUGGUAUUUUAAGAAAAUUUUCAAUAUGGUAUCUGUAUGUGGAACAUUUAUUGUCUAUACCAUUUUAGUUUAUACUGAA